AUGGAGCAACUAAACUCCACUGUGGUCAUCUCUAACAUGUCUUCUUUAGGACCUCUUCUACAUCGCUCCUGGAACUUCAAGGAUGUCAUCCCUGUGGUGAUGCUGUGCCUCUGCUGCUUACUAGGAGUUCCCGGAAAUAUUGGUGUGAUUCUUCUCAAGCCAAACUGGCUCCAUCUUUCCAGUGUGAGCAGGAGUUUAAUGCUGAACCUUGCCAUUUCUGACUUGCUCUGCCUCCUCACCCUUCCACCAUGGAUUUACAGUCUACUGUACGGCUGGAGCUUCGGCCUGGUGGCCUGUAAGGUUCUAGCCUACCUUGUGUACUGCACCAUUUAUGGCAGCCAGCUGACAGUGACUGUAUUGAGCAUCCAGCGCUAUCUAAUAGUGGUACGUCAGAAAAGAUUGCCUGAGAUGAAAAAUGCAAUGCUCCUGGUUGUGCUCUGGAUGGUUGCUUUCAUUCUGUCAAUCCCGGUUCUGGUGGUUCGACAGCUGUCAACACAUCAGCAGCAGAUAGUUUGUCAAUCUCAAUAUUCUUCAGAGGCCCAGGGUGUGGUUGUGCUGCUGGCUGAGACUUUGUUUGAUACUUUUUCUUUUUCUGUCAUAGUAUUUUCAUACAAGCACAUCCACAGGAAGAUUAACCGGGCAGCAUUUUUCAACAAUCCACAGACAACUCGACUAGUGACCAGUAUCAUUGUAAGCUUUUUUGUCCUGCGGACUCCGUAUCAUGUCAUAAAUGUGCUGGGCGUUGCUGCUAUGUGUUUAAAAAACAAGAGUCUUUUAGAUUUUUGUAUAAAAAUGUGGGACAUUGUUAAAGCAUUUACAUUUGUAAAUAGCUGGCUGAAUCCUCUUCUGUAUGCAUUUACUUCUAACAUCAUUUGUACAGUUUGUCGAAAAAAGGAACAGCGACAAAGACAGAGCCUCCAAAACAUCCAAACACCAGACAUGAGUACCGUGGAUAGACAUCAUGAUAUUUAG